AUGGCGAGCCCCGAUUCACAAACGAUAGAAUUAGACCGUGAAUAUCUCGAUACGGUCACAGUUCAGGGCCGUGAGUAUCAGAAAUAUUCGAUCGAGCAUCGUACGUACUUUGGACCGGUCGAUGAGGAAGAAGCACAACAACUCGAAGACCAGCAACAAGUUUUCCAAAGAAUUUUCGAUAAUCGUCUGAUCUUCCCACCAAUCCGUCGACUGAAUAGAGUUCUGGACUGUGGGCAUGGAUCCGCAUCCUGGGCCAUCGAUGUUGCUGAGCAGAAUCCUGAUUGCGAAGUCAUCGGCGUAGACAUUGCCCCUCACAUGAGUCCCGACGACAUGCCCGACAACUUAUGGCUCCAGGUCGAUGACUUGAACCGCCGUUUCACCUUUCCCGCAAACCAUUUCGAUCUUGUCCACUCUAGACUCCUUGCGACCGGCAUCAACCGAUCCCGAUGGCCAUCCUAUCUUCGUGACAUAGUCAGGGUCCUGAAGCCAGGAGGUUGGGUCCAAAUAGUGGAAAUAUACUUCAAUGUUCAAUCAGACAACGGCUCAAUCACUGAUGAGCAUGCCUUGAGGAGGUGGAGCACACAAUACAUGCGUGCUCUGGAGGACAGGAAAGAUCUUCGGAUCGGAUCGAAGCUGAGAACUCUCAUGACCGAGGCGGGGUUUGUCGAGGUGGAUACGAAGAUGAUUCCUCUUCCUCUGUCUGCGUGGUCGACUGACCAACGGAUGCGAGACAUCGGCCGAUACAGUUGUCCAAACAUGCAGCAACUCCUCCGAUCAAUUGCACUAUACCCAUUGACUCAACGCUUGCAUAUGUCCCCAGAUGCUUUCAAUUCUUUGGUGGAGCAAGCGCAGCAAGAGGCAGCAGAUCCCACGCUGAAGGCAUAUUUUCCACUAUAUGUGUGCAUUGGCAGAAAGCCAUAG